GCAGCUUCCUUUCACAGACGCUCCUACAGGUUUUUCCUUCUGGUCUUAGAACGUGGGGUUUCCUGCAGUUUCAAUUCAGGAGAAACUGCUUCGGGCUUCAGGAAAAAAAAAAUUGCGACAGAGCUAAAUACGAACAGGAGUAAAGAUACAUUUGCCAGGGUGACUUCCAUAACUGCUGCUGUUGCUCGCGAAGAGUCUGCACGGAGAAAAAGAAAGCAAUAUUAAUAUUGCAGAAUUCUGUGGAAGGUUUUGACAGCUCUAUGGAUCUUGAUUAUGAGAACCCAGCAAACCACUGCUGUAAAAGUAAAUGAUGUGCUUUCAGAUAUAAGAGUUUUGUGCACAAAAAGUACCUUUUCUUUGACCAUUAGCUUUGAACAUCAAAUGAAGGACACGCUUCAUUUCAAAAAAAGAAGAACCACGUGGACCAUGGACCAAACUGGAAACCCCUUAACUGACAUCUAUGUGUUCCACAGCUUUGGCUGCAACAGACACAAAGAUGAAGAUAGUUCAGUGAUUGCGCAGCCCAUGUUUGUCUUCAAGAAGGAACGAUCUUGCAAGAGGCCUGCAGAAGAUCCAGUGCACAAGACUGAAAACGUUCCCAGCGGAUCCAGGAAACGUGCAAGAACCUCGUAUUUUUCUUUUCAGUCCUCUGACUCAGAGUCCUAUAGAGGUAAGGCUUCUCUCUUAACCAUUCGUUUUAUGUUCAAUUUACAUUAGCAACAGAGGUGGGUUCCUACCAGUUCGC